GAUGUCGUUUUAGCACAGCAUUUGGAAUGUAACGCCAGUACCCUUAAAGGCUUUUAUUUUUUAACGUUUUAAUUUAUCCAGGCCGCAUUUUUGUUUAUUUAAUUUUGUUUGAAAAAAAAAAUGUCAGGCGCAGAAAGUGCUGAAAACACUCGCAGUUUGGACCAGCUGAAUAAAUUCGAGAAACUGUCAGGGAGGCCUCCUCUCAGAGUCGCAGGCUCUAAGAAGAGAGUACGAUGGCUGCAGGCCCGCCGAAUCUUCACCCAACCUUGCCACAGUCUGCGGAUUCCUAACAGGUUUUUGAGAGAAGGUCACCGCGCGCCUCCCGCCCGCAGUGGACACCGGUGCGUAGCAGACAAUGCCAACCUCUACGUCUUCGGCGGGUACAACCCGGACUACGACGAGUCAGGCGGUUCCGAGAACGAGGACUACCCUCUUUUCCGCGAGCUGUGGAGGUACCACUUCGCCACGGGGACCUGGCAGCAGAUCCGCACGGAGGGCUACAUGCCCACCGAGCUGGCGUCCAUGUCAGCUGUUCUCCAUGGCAACAACCUGCUGGUGUUCGGUGGCACCGGGAUUCCGUUCGGUGAGAACAACGGGAACGACGUCCACGUCUGCAACGUCAAGUACAAGCGCUGGUCUCUGCUGAGCUGCCGAGGGAAGAAGCCAAACCGGAUUUACGGCCAGUCGAUGGCCAUUAUCAAUGGCUACCUGUAUGUGUUUGGAGGAACCACGGGCUACAUCUAUAGCACAGACCUGCACAGGCUAGACCUCACGACCCGGGAGUGGAUUCAUCUCAAGCCUAACAACCCGCCGGACGACCUCCCGGAGGAACGAUAUAGACAUGAAAUUGCACACGACGGACAAAGGAUCUAUAUCCUUGGAGGAGGAACGUCCUGGACAUCCUACCCUCUGGACAAGAUACAUGCAUACAAUCUGGAGACAAAUUCAUGGGAGGAAAUCGCAACCAAGCCACAUGAAAAAAUAGGGUAUCCAGCUGCAAGGAGAUGCCACAGCUGUGUACAGAUACGAAACGAUGUCUUCAUUUGCGGAGGCUACAACGGAGAGCUAAUCCUGGACGAUCUGUGGAAGAUCAGCUUGCAAACGUUUCAGUGGACGAAGCUGCCCGCGGUCAUGCCCGAACCAGCCUACUUCCACUGCGCUGCUGUGACUCCGGCGGGCUGCAUGUACAUCCACGGCGGGGUGGUGAACAUCCAUGAGAAUAAGAGGACUGGCUCGCUGUUUAAGAUCUGGCUGGUGGUGCCCAGCCUGCUGGAACUGUGCUGGGAGAGGCUGCUGCGUUGCUUCCCGCAGCUGGCCCACCUGUCCACCAUGCAGCUGCUCAACCUGGGCCUGACGCAGGAGCUGAUCGAGCGCCUCAAAUAGGCCGGGA